CAGUUUUAGCUGUAAUUGUUUAUUUGUGAUUAUAAUAUAAAUGGAAGGACAUUUUUCGGCAUAACCACAAUAGGAUUAUCAGAGGGGUUACUGUAUAAAUCUGAAAAAGGACCCAAGCGAAAAUUCCCCAUAGCAACCCCUGCCUGUGGUAUCAACACCAUAUAUAAAACUUUUUAAUCUCAGAAUUGCGGCCAUGGCAUGUGUGAACCGGCCAAGGAUUACAGGAAAGUUCAGAGAGUAUGAAUCGUGAAGUAAUAAUCGGAAAUACAUUGUUGAACUAGGAAAGAAUUACGUAUCUGUUCUCUGGUAAGAAAGAUGAUUAACAUCACAUGACAUUGUGUUCCACCUGGUCAUCGUAGUUUAGCUAAAAUUAGUUGAUAACCUGGCUGGCUAUAUUGUUUAAAUUGACAUUAUAUUUAGCCCGCGGUCAUUCGUUAUUCCUGCUCAGUGCAACCAGUAAAAUGCGUCUGGAUUAGGUUGUUGUUAAUCAGCAUGCGCUCACGUUACUCGACAUCUGUUCGAUAACCCACAUUAUUAGCAGUAACGGUGUACCGUUAGCUAGUAUAAUCCCGUCUCAGUCUUCUCAGAAUAUUAAUAUUAUUUUCCUGCGUGUAUUGACUUACAUAUUUGGUCUGAGCACUGUUAUGAGUCCUGGAAAUAUCUGAAAGGACUUUAAAAUCUUGAUUGUACGGGCAUCCGACUUUGGACUGUUAGGAUGAAAUCACAGUCUAGACUGCAGAAGCAGUAAGACACGCAUUUCAUCAACUUACCUCCACUUGCGGAAAAAACAAAGAAAACUGAACUGAGCAGAAGAAUAAUAUCGCAGACUGGAGAACAGCUAAUGGAUUUAAGGGUCGACCGGACAAAAAGGUAUUUUAACUCUUGACCGCGUCGAAGCGUCCAAAUUCUUGAUGCGGUUCUUGAAAAGAUGUCUCGCCUCGCCAAGACGCAGCCGUCUGUCUGCACGAGCGACCCUCUGAAAGACGAGGAGGUGCGCCGCAAGCUGGCCGUGCUGCGGCAGAUCCUGACGUCCUGCUUCGGUCCGCGCGGCCGGCUCAAGCAGGUCCACAACAACGUGGGCGGCCCGGUCCUGACGACGUCCACCUCGGCGGUUCUCCUGAAGGCGCUGACCCCGUCGCACCCCGUCCUCAGGCUCCUGACCGCCUCCGUCCUCAACCACGCCGCCCGCUUCGGCGACUGCGGCCUGUUCGCCGGCAUCCUCUGCUCGGCCCUGGUGGAGCGCGCCGCGGCGCUCGGCGUGGAGGCGGCCACGGCGGCCGGCGCGUACCGGCGGCUCCUGGGCCUGUGCGCCGGCUACCUGCAGCGGGACGACUGUGGCUGCAAGGUGCCGGUGGACUUCGGCAGCAGCCGCUGCCUGCUGGCCCUGGCGCGGGGCGCGGUGGCGGCCAAGCCGGCUUGCGCACUGACGCCCGGGGAGGCCCGGCACGUGGGCGCCCAGGUGGUGAGGGCCUUCCUCCACACGGUCCCCUGCGCCGCCCCGGGCCCCGUGCGCCUGGGCAGGGCGGCGACGGUCGCCGUGGAGGGCCGGCCCGCGGGGGAGACGGCGGUGCACCCCGGGCUGCUGGUGGACGCGCCCGAGACGCUGCGCCCAGCCGACGCCGAGCGGCUGGGCCGGGGGCCGCUCAGGCUGGCGCUCUUCAGCGCGUCGCUGGCGGGAGACCUCCCGGAGGCGGGGGAGGGGACGUUCGAGGUGGACUGGGAGGUCAGCCUGGAGGAAGUCGUCCUGGGACAGCUGAUGAGGCUGGGGGAGCAGGUGGUGCGGGACGGGGUGCAGGUGUUUGUGUGCCAGCGGGUGGUGCACCCCGUGCUGCAGCAGUACUUGAGGAAGCACGGAGUCAUCGUUGUGGAAAGGCUGGGGAUCGCCCUUCUGGAACCACUCAUCCAAGUGUCGGGGGCGCAGGCGGUGGCCUCCUUCCAGACCCCCGUCCCGGUCCAGUCCUACGGGCAGCUGGGGGGGCUCCGGGUCCUGCGCUGCGGGUCCAGGGAGCUGCUCCACCUGCUGCCUGUCGGGGACCCCCCCUGCUGCACCCUGCUGCUCUGCCACCGGACCGAGACGGCCCUCAGCGAGCUCAAGGUGGCGUGUCAGACUGCAGAGCGCGUCCUGAGGCAGACUCUGAUGGAGCCGUGGGCCCUGCUGGGGGGAGGGUGCACGGAAACGCACCUGAGCGCGUAUGUCGGAUUCCAGAGCCGCGGCGACGCGUCCGACGCGGCGGCGGAGCUGGGCUGCUCGCGCGCGCACUACCUGCUGGCGGCCGACGCCUUCCGCCGGGCGCUGCUGGCCGCGGCGCGGGCGCUGGAGCACGACGGCGGCGAGCGGCUGAUGGACCUGUCCCGCGCGCACUGCUGGGACGUGCCGCCGGGCGCCGACCCCCGGGCCCCGUGGCGGGACGCGGUGGGGCGCUGCGGGUGCGGCCUCACGCCCCCCCGGGGGGACCUGGAGUGGAGCCCCCUCGGCACGGACCACCCGCCCUUCUCGCCGGCGCCCCCCGCAGGCAUGGACCACCCGCCCUUCUCGCCGGCGCCCCCCGCGGGCACGGACGCCGACCCGCUGGUGCUGGACUCUUUCGCCGCCAAGUACAAUGCCCUGCACGUUGCCGUGGAGACGGCUAACCUCAUCCUGGACAUAAAAUAUAUCGUCCAGGAUGUUAAUUGAUUUGGGCUUUGUGUUCCUGUUUGAUUUCGAGGCUUUUGCUAAUUCAUAUAGAUGAACUUAGCUCGGGGAAUGGAGUGCAUCUGCAUAACUACCUGAAAUCUGAAUAAGGUACAGAAGUUCACCAUCAUGGAUGUAGUUUUAAGAUUUAAACACUAGAUGGCAGCACUGACUGAUUAUUUUUGUUUUUACUGGUCGGCGAUCUGCUGUUACUUAAGUGUUCUUGAACUAGUUCUACUAUUACAGUUGUACAGUUACUACUGUAGGUGACAGUACUGAAAAGUCCUUUGUUUUACUAUUUAAUCAUUUAAAUUUUCUAUAGUGAUUGCAUUACAGGUUGGGAGGAAAGAAAAUGAGUUUUAAAAAAGCAUUCGGUUCAACCGUCCUUCAUAUUGUAUAAGGUAUUUUAUUGUGUUUGCUCAAAUAAAAUAGUGUUGCACCCUUUUUUGUCCUUCAUACAAACAACAAAAAAACAUUUGUUCUGAAGUAAUAAAUAGACUGGAAUUUGAUUAAAUCAAAUUGAUUGCAUAAUUAAAUCAUCACUCAUGUUAGUGCUAUGAACCCGAUUCCUUGCUUUUCAUGUACAGGUACAGUAACAUAUCUUUUGUCAGGAAAAACAUUUUCCAAAUUUUCCAUUUUUGCUGGUUACCUUAAAAGGGUAGUGUACAUUAAGCAAAUAUAGUUACUACACAUUUUCCUCCUAAAACCUUUUUAAAAACAUUUUAAAACAUUAAAAAGUGAAUUUAGACGUGCUAGUAUGAUGGUGAGAUAAACUGGGCCCUUGUGCAUGUGAUUACUUUUUAAUAAAACUGUCUGCCAUUU